AUGCCGCACAAAUUGAAGAAGCACGCUACCAAAAAGCGCGCCAAAAAGACGGUUUCUCUAUCGAAAUUCAGGAAACUUGUUGUGCCACGCCCCGACGUGCUGCACGGUUACUUGCGUCACGAUGAGAUCAAUCUCUACUUGGAAUAUCUGCAGAACCGCUACAGCUUUGUCACGGUGCAUACGCUUGGUCAGUCAUACGAACGUCGCGCGCUGAAAGCUAUCGAAAUCGAUUGGAAUAGCGAAAAGAAUAUGGAUCGCAUCGAACGACACCGUACACGACGAACUUAUAUGGAUAAAACAGGCACCGCGCCGCCGCCGCCGCCUCCGUCAACUAACCGAGUUCAGAGUACAUUCCAUAGUCGUAAUAUGAUCUUCAUCGAAGGUGGCACCCAUGCACGCGAAUGGAUCACCAUCGCUGUGGCGCUGAACUGCAUCUAUCAGCUAACCGAAAAGCAUAUACGCAACUACGAGUUGUUGCGUAAGUUGCGCUUCAUCAUUGUGCCCGUCACGAAUCCCGAUGGCUACGAGUACACUUUCACAAAGAAUCGUCGUUGGCGCAAAAAUCGUCGACCAAUCAGUCAUACUCGUCACAUCGGUACCGAUUGUAAUCGUAAUUAUGAUUUUCACUGGGAAGAUGGUCCGUCGAAAGUCACACGCAAUACCUAUAAAGGUGUGAAACCUUUUUCUGAACCGGAAACGCGAGCAAUUCGCAAUAUUUUGCAAAAGAAUAAGCAGCAUUUAUUAUUCUUUCUGUCAUUGCACUCGUAUGCCGAGUGUAUUAUGUACCCGUGGGCAUAUUGCAAAGAGCUUCCUGAGACAUGGCAGAAAUUGGAAAAGUUGGCAUUAACCGGCCGCAACGCCAUUAAAGCCUACAACGGACGCCACUAUCGUGUCGGAAGCAUAGCCAUAUUAAGCAAACGUCGUAUAUCGGGCUCAAUUGUUGACUAUGCUUUCGGAGUAAUACAAGUACCAUUAGCUUUAGUUAUGGAACUGCCAUCACAUACUUUGGGCUUCCAGCCGCCAGCGGAGUCGAUCAGUCCCAUUGGGCAUGAAAGUUGGCUCGGCAUACGGGAGAUGUGUAAAGUGGCUUACGAUCUAGUGCCACCAUGUUUAUAUCCAGCAGAAACGCUGUUGUCCAAUACAGCGACCACUAAAGACCAAACGGCACAGCUGCAACGGGCAAACAUGAAAAUUACUAAGCAGCAUCCGACAUCGACAAUUGAUAAGCAGCCAUUCUACGAUGCAGCUCUGCCCCUCAUCAAUAAUGAUGUCUUAAAAAAUACACAAGUGCCUGUCAAGUGUUGAAUAAAUCGUUUAUAAAUUGUAAAAUUUAUUGCAUAUUUUGUAUUUCAGUGAAAUAAGCAAUAU